CGAGCAGACAGUGACUUCAUUUCUGAAAAAUGUAUACCAGUAAUGUGCUCUGCUGCCCCCCUCAGGCAGUAAACAGUAUCUGCUGGUAGAAAAUCAGCAGAAAUAUAAGAACUAUUGGUCAGAAAAUAAAAAAAGUAUAAAACAAAUGGACCCCUGAAAUUCACUUCUAUAGUCUUCUUGUAGGCAAAAGUAAACUUGAUGAUGAUUCAGAUGAUUUCAAAUAAAUCACAUUUAAGUCUCAGUGUACAAACAUUUCCAAAAUUAUCUUCUUUUUAUCUACUUUUUUGGUUGUUAAAAUAUAAUUCAUUGUUUGCUUAUAUGCUACACCUCAUGUAAACCAUCUAGGGCCUGAUAACAAGCUCGUAAAUAAAAACAAGCCUGGCAGAGCAGUGGGAGAUCUGUAUUUAUUUAAUUUCUGCUCAUUUCCUGACCAAUAAUUUUCUGUUAAAAGUUUUCCCUUAAAAGUGUUCUAUUUUUGCCAUUUUGUGCUUGACCCCUUUUAUUGACAGAAAAAAACGUUUAUUUUCUUAGUAAAAUCACCAUGUAUUCCAGUGGUGUAGAUUUCCAGUGCAUAGCAACAGAUUACAGCUUACAGAGAAGUGAACUUUGUCACCAGAUUCAAAACACAGUGUCUGUUUACCCGUCACUGAGUGUGAAGGAGGAAAUAGGAUGAAGAUAUUGUGCUGAUGACCGGGAGAGAAAUGUAGUUGAAGCAAAUGAAAAUGAGAAGCUUUCCGACAAAUGUUCUUACAGCUGGAGAUCAGCACCUCUCGACACUGGCACUAGUUUUGCUUGGAAGGAAAAAUUCAGGGAAAAGCUCAGCAGGAAAUACAUUCUUUGGACAAAGAACGUUUGAGGCUGGAGAGAAGACCAGACAGUGUGUAAAAAGACACGGCUGGGUGGACGGAGUGAGACUGACCGUUGUGGACACUCCCGGGUGGAGCAGUUAUGGAUUAGCUAAUGCAACCCUGGUGAAACAGGAACUGCUACGCAGUGUGAGGUUAUGGCUUCCCAAACCUCAGAUCUUCCUGCUAGUUAUCCCAGUGGACUCUUUCAGCAAGCGAGACCACAAGGCCGUGAUGGAACACAUAAGCCUCCUCGGAAGUGUGUGGAAUCAUACAGUGGUGCUCUUUACCUGGGCUGAUGAGCUGAGAGGUGUGAGCAUUAAGGAACAUGUGAAAAAGAGAGGUAAACAUCUGCAGGAGAUUCUUGAGAUGUGUGGACACAGGUAUCAUAUCCUGAACAAUAAAAUAAGAGAAGAACAUCAAGUGAGAGAGCUGCUUGAGACUGUGAGGGAAAUGUUUCUAACACGUGACAGAUGACAAGCAAGCAGCAGUGGUUCCCUUUUGUGUCUGGUUAAUCUCAGAUUUCUCUAAAGUUAAAUCUGAAUAUAAAUCAACGUCAGGAGUUAUUUCUGGCUUUGUAACACUGUUCAUUCUUAAAUUAUGAAAUCAAAUAAAAGUAAAUGUAAACAUUG